AUGGCAAGUGGUGCUGAAAUAAAAGCUCAACGCAAUCGUGUGCUUGAUGUUGGUCAGGAGCCGCUCAAAAUGCUCUUACCAAUAUGUGGAUACGAGGAUUCACCCUUAGUCUCACUUGAAAAAGCUGUUAAACCACUUUUGGCAAUUCUUCCUGACGUAAAAUACGAUGCUCAUACUGCGAAACGAGAAUCUGCGGAGAGGCCAGCCAACGGUCUAACCAGGGAUGAAUCAGCAGCUAUCAUAUUGUACUCAAUGGAAGGAAAAUCUCGUGAAAAAAGCCUCUACUAUACCCUCAACAGCAUACUUCGAUCGGAAAACAGAAGUAAACUAGAGCCAUGGUUUCUGUAUUUAAAACUUUUUAUGAGUGGGCUCACUCGUCUUCCAUCAGCUCGUCAAUUUGUUUAUCGAGGAGUUAAAAUGGACUUGAGCAAACGCUAUAAAAAAGGAGAUGUGUUCAUUUGGUGGGCAUUUUCAUCUUGUAGUGCAUCGCUUGAAGCACUCGAAAACGAAGACUUUUUGGGUCGAACUGGUAAAAGAACACUGUUCACCAUCGAUUGUGACAACGGAAAAGAUAUAAGUCAACAUGUGUAUUAUCAGUUGGAGAAAGAAAUUCUACUCCCUGCUGCUAGUCAAUUCGAGGUGGUCGCUUCUUUAGAACCAGCAGAUGACUUUCAUAUUAUUCAAUUAAAAGAGAUUCAAUCUCAAGUUGAUCUCCAGCAUCCAGUUUCAGUAAUUUUGAACUCGAAAACCAAGUCUUUAUCUGGUAAGAAAAAGCAAUAUUCUUGCUUUGAUUUUUACUCCGCUAUUUUACAAGUGAACAACUUAUUAAUAGCAUAA